AACCCCCGCGCCUACUGCCCCCAGCCCUCCGCUCCUCCUCCCUAAGCCCUGCCACCCCGGAUGUGCGGGAGGCAAACAUCCUGAGGAGGUCCCAGGUGGCAGCCACGCCACCCAACCUGGUGACCAUGGUGACUCCUCGUCUCCCAAGUCUCCCGGGCACAGUCUAGGGACCAGCGUGCUAAGGACCCCUCUGGAGCCUGCCCUGCACUCCCGCCCCAGCUUCUCUGGCUCAGCCUGCCACCCCCAGGAAUAUGACUCGCCCUUCGAUUUAAUUUUAUUCCCUUCCGCAUCUCUCUUGGGCAUUCUGCUCCUCCUCUUAACCACGCUGAGCCUUCCCAGCCAGAGAGGAAGAGAGGACGGGACUCAGACAGGAUGGCUUGCCGAAGACGCUGUUUUGUGGAGGGCGAGGGCCCCGGCAGCGAGACCACCACAUCCCUGGACAGCCCCUCGUCCUACCACCAGGGCCCCUUGGUGUCCUCCUCCAGCCUGAGCCCCGACCACUACGAGCACCCAUCCCUGGGCGCCUAUGGGCUGUACUCGGGGCCGCCAGGACAGCAGCGCGCACGGAGGCCCAAGCUGCAGCACUCGACCUCCAUCCUGCGCAAGCAGGCAGAGGAGGACGCCAUCAAGCGCUCGCGCUCGCUCUCCGAGAGCUAUGAGCUCUCCUCGGACCUGCAGGACAAGCAGGUGGAGAUGCUAGAACGCAAGUAUGGGGGGCGCCUCGUGACCCGCCAUGCGGCCCGCACCAUCCAGACGGCCUUCCGCCAGUACCAGAUGAACAAGAACUUCGAGCGCCUGCGCAGCUCCAUGUCGGAGAACCGCAUGUCACGCCGGAUUGUGCUGUCCAACAUGAGGAUGCAGUUCUCCUUCGAGGGGCCUGAGAAGGUGCAUAGCUCCUACUUCGAGGGCAAGCAGGUCUCAGUGACCAACGAUGGCUCCCAGCUGGGCAGCCUGGUGCCCUCCGAAUGUGGGGACGUGGGCGAGCCGGCCACCCUCAAGUCCCCAGCUGCGUCCAGCGACUUUGCGGACGCCAUCACGGAGCUGGAGGACGCCUUCUCCCGGCAGGUGAAGUCGCUGGCCGAGUCCAUCGACGAUGCCCUCAACUGCCGCAGCCUGCACACGGAGGAGGUGCCAGCCCCGGAUGCAGCACGGGCCCGAGACCCCGAGCCCACACCGGCCCUGCACAGCAUGGACCACCGCCAGCUGGACGAGAUGACGGCCUCCUACAGCGACGUCACCCUGUACAUUGACGAGGAUGAGCUCUCACCACCGCUGCCUCUCCCGCAGGCUGGGGACCGGCCGUGCAGCACCGAGUCGGACCUGCGGCUGCGGGCUGGGGGCGUUGCUCAGGACUACUGGGCCCUGGCCCACAAGGACGACAAGGCCGACACCGACACCAGCUGCCGCAGCACACCGUCACUGGAGCGGCCCGAGCCACGGCUGCGGGCCGAUCACCUCCCGCUGCUCACCAUCGAGCCCCCCAGCGACAGCUCAGCCGACCUCAGUGACCGCUCCGACCGCAGCUCGCACAAGAGGCAGAGUGCCUACGAGCGCGGCCUGGGUGGUGGGCAGCAGGGCAGCCCCAAGCAUGGGCCCCAUGGCGGUGCCCCGAAGGGCCUCCCCCGGGAUGAGCCCGAGCUGCGGUCCCGGCCCUCCAGGCCCCUCGAGAGCCACCUGGCCAUCAAUGGCUCGGCCAACCGGCAGAGCAAGUCGGAAUCGGACUACUCGGAUGGGGACAAUGACAGCAUCAACAGCACAUCCAACUCCAAUGACACCAUCAACUGCAGCUCCGAGUCCUCCUCAAGGGACAGCCUGCGGGAGCAGACCCUCAGCAAGCAGACCUACCACAAGGAGACGCGCAACAGCUGGGACUCGCCAGCCUUCAGCAACGAUGUCAUCCGCAAGCGGCACUACCGCAUCGGCCUCAACCUCUUCAACAAGAAGCCUGAGAAGGGUGUGCAGUACCUCAUUGAGCGAGGCUUUGUGCCUGACACACCGGUGGGCGUGGCCCACUUCCUGCUGCAGCGCAAGGGCCUGAGCCGCCAGAUGAUAGGCGAGUUCCUGGGCAACCGGCAGAAGCAGUUCAACCGCGAUGUGCUCGAGUGAGUUCCGGACCCUGGGCUAGGGGCACAGAGCUAUGCCACACUGGCAGAGCCGUCCUCCGGAGCCCUUCACCAGGCUCAUCCUGUUGGCUGGGACAUCACACUCAUGCCUUGGUGUCCUGAGGCCAGGUGCCAGGACCCCUGCAGAAUCCCACUCCUUGGAUGCUCUGGUUCCCUCUGUGAUGCAGCCUCAUUUACACAACCUAUGCACACCUCCGUGGCACGCAGGUGCUGUAUAAAUAUCUGGAGUGCUGUGUGGUUUAGGGUGUGAUGCUCACCAAGCACUCUGUGUAUUCAGGAUGGACAGGGGUUGUUUUUAUUUUUCCCAAGUGUUUAGGAUCUGUGAUUGGUUAAAUCGGAGGAUUCAAACCCAGGGAUACAGAGGGCGAGUGCACCACUCCCCCCGCCGCCCGCCUCUCUCUCUUUCUGAGUCCUGCACACUCACACACACAGGUUUGGCCAAUGCAGGUGCUUGUGUAGCCAUCCCGCUCCAUUUACACACAUGCACAUGAACACACACUCAGACACAUACAGGAGAUCAAGUGAGAGGAGCACUGGCCAUGGCUUCACGUGGUGGACCGAGCCGAAGUCUGUGUCCUUCCAGAGCAGGAUGCAAGCAGCCUUGGCUUCCUUUUGCUCUCUGCAAGCUCAGCUC